GCGAUGGAACCGAAGCUACAGCUCUGCAUCUUCACGCUACUCAUACAGGUUUCACUGGCGGCGUGGCAGCGCAUGACCGUGAAAAUAGGUCAGACAGUCGACUUGAGCUGCCCAAUCACUAAUGCUCACCACACCAAUGUGGACUGGAGGAAUCCUGACGGGCAUAUUAUGUUCUUCAAGCACGGCAAAGUUCAAGUGUAUCCAGGUGUAAAGAACAGGCGCUACAGCAUCAGUAAAGUGUCUGAGACAGAAUUCACCAUCAGUAUUUCUGAUAUCACCUUGGAAGAUGGAGGCAACUACACAUGCUCUCAGUACGACACUCACAUAUCAGAGAAGACGGUGGAGGUGACAGUGUUGGGUGAUCCCAAAAUGAAAAGAACAACCCAUCAAGGAAAGUUUGACAUCACAUGCACAGCUGAGGGGAACCACUAUCCUCCCCAGAUCUUCUGGAAAUUGGAUCAAGGUCCAGAAAUUCUUGCUGAUUUACAAGUCCUACAUGGAUAUAAAAAAUAUGUCUCAAAGGCUAUGCUUCGUGUUCAGUCUGUGGAGAACAGAGUCACUGUGAAAUGCCUUGUUCGCCACCCGGCUCUGCACACACAACCUCUCAUGGACUUUAUCAAAAUCGGACGAAACACAACCAAGUCAAAAACGACCACGACCAGUUCACCCACAGCUCAGCCUCAAGGCCCAACAGAGGUGCUGAGAACCACUGGCUGGUUCAGCACGGGGAAAACAACAGUUUACCUCGGAACAAAAGACAUGAACGGGCCUACAUCAGAGAGCUCUCAAAAGUCAUCAAGUGCUCCCUCCAAUCAGUCAAAGACAGUUACAGCACACACUCCUCUGCGCCCUGUUACAUCUACAGGCUCACAUCUCAGCACCAGAGAUAACUCAAGAACCUCUGUAUUAUCAGGCUCAACCAAGAGGUGGAAUGAUACCAUCAGCAAUGCAACAAGCACAACAGCGAGUAAUGACCCAAAGAUGCAGACAGGAAAUGAAGGAAGUCCAUCUUUACUAGUCUUCCUGGUGACAUGUCUGAUCUUGGCUCUUCUGGUGGUGGUUAUUUUUUUUGCCAUCAAGAUUAGGAGAGCACACAUCCUCUGGAAGAGAGUUUUUAUUGUUACAGAGAAUGAAGACUCUGAUCCGUCUGAGGAGAGCAGUAAAUCAAAGUCAAGCCAGGAAGAGAGGAACUCCCAAGGACAAAGGCGAAGAGGGCUCUUCAACAUGGCAUUCACCAAGUACAUCGUUGAAGAACAACCAGUGAUAACCUCAGUGGUAAACACAGCUGCCAUGGCGGCAGCAGAGAGUGUCCACAGAGAACAGAUUUCUCAACAUCAAACCCCAGGACAAACUUCAGCCAAAUGUGAGAUAAAGGAAACAGAGCUAUAACAAACUGUGCAGCAUUUAUAAUGUCAGCAGUAUCAUCGGCACCAUUAUAAACCAAUGAUUUUACCUGACUUGUAACAAAAGGGUGUAUGUUUACACAGAGAAGACUGUGGUGACACAAUGACUGUGGUACUGUAUUGUAUGUAUAAUACUGUGUACAUUUUGUCUUUACAUGUAUUAAUAAAUUAUAUUUUGUA